GAACUAGAAAUAAAAAAAUUGGCAAAAGAGGGAAAUAGGGAAGGAUGUAAGUUAUUAGCCAAACAGUUAGUUCAGAUGCGCAAACAGAAGCAACGUACCUAUGUAGCUAACAGCAAAGUACAGGGAAUUGCAUUUCAAAAUAAAGCUAUGGGAGCGAACGUUAAACUCGCAGAAGCUAUGGGAACAGCUGGUAGGACAAUGUCAGAUAUGAACAAGAUUAUGAAACCUGAAGAUAUAGCUGCCACAGUCAAUGCCUUUUCUAGGGAAAAUAUGAAAAUGGAAAUGACAGAUGAGAUGAUAAAUGAUACAUUAGAUGAUAUGCUAACCGAAUCAGGGGAUGAGGAAGAAAGUGAUCACAUCAUCACAAAAGUGUUGGACGAAAUCGGUAUUGAAAUGAGUGGUGCAAUUGCUGGUGCACCUAUGCCUGAAUCUAGUAGGGUAGGAGAACAUUCUAAAACAAAGGGAAUGAGCGACGAUGAUAUUGAGGCUCAAUUAGCAAAGCUGAGAAGUUGAGCGAGGUUGAUUCAAGAUUGAUGGUAUGAGGAAGCACUAUUGGAUUGAAUUAUUAUUAUAAUCAAGAUAUAUCUAAUUUGUUAUUAUAUAUAACCUUUGGUAAUUAACAUUCAGAUAACUACAGUUUUAUUUAAAUAAUUAUUUAAAGAAA